CAGCGAGCCGAGUCCCCCUGGGGACUCGCCCAGCUUGGACUCCCUGGAGUCUUUCUCCAACCUGCAUUCUUUCCCCAGUAGCUCUGAGUUCAAUAGUGAAGAGGGAGCGGAGACCAGGGUCCCCGAAGACGUGGAGGAGGGCGCGGCGGGGCCGCCCAGGGCUGCACCGCUGUGCAAAGAGGAGGAGGAGGAGGACCCGGCUCAGGUGCUAGUGGCCUCCAAAGAACGCUUUCCGGGACAGUCAGUGUAUCACAUCAAAUGGAUCCAGUGGAAAGAUGAGAACACGCCCAUCAUCACCCAGAAUGAGAAUGGCCCCUGCCCUUUGCUGGCCAUCCUCAAUGUUUUGCUUCUAGCCUGGAAGGUGAAACUUCCACCAAUGAUGGAAAUCAUAACUGCAGAACAGCUGAUGGAAUAUUUAGGCGACUACAUGCUUGAGGCAAAGCCAAAAGAAAUUUCAGAAAUUCAACGUGUAAAUUAUGAACAGAAUAUGAGUGAUGCUAUGUCGAUCUUGCACAAACUACAGACAGGCCUGGAUGUGAAUGUCAGGUUCACUGGGGUGCGAGUGUUCGAGUACACACCAGAGUGCAUAGUCUUCGAUCUUCUAGAUAUUCCUUUGUAUCAUGGUUGGUUAGUGGACCCUCAGAUUGAUGACAUUGUAAAAGCUGUUGGCAACUGCAGCUACAACCAACUGGUGGAGAAGAUCAUCUCCUGUAAGCAGUCAGAUAACAGUCAGUUGGUUAGUGAAGGCUUUGUAGCUGAGCAGUUUCUAAACAAUACAGCCACUCAACUGACAUACCAUGGAUUGUGUGAACUGACUUCAACGGUUCAGGAAGGAGAACUCUGUGUGUUCUUUCGGAAUAACCAUUUUAGCACCAUGACAAAACACAAGGGUCAACUGUAUUUGUUGGUAACAGACCAGGGGUUUCUUACUGAAGAAAAGGUUGUCUGGGAAAGCCUGCACAAUGUAGAUGGUGAUGGAAAUUUUUGUGACUCAGAAUUCCAUCUUCGACCUCCUUCAGAUCCUGAGACUGUGUACAAAGGUCAACAAGACCAAAUAGAUCAGGACUACCUUAUGGCACUGUCACUGCAACAAGAACAGCAGAGCCAAGAGAUCAACUGGGAGCAAAUCCCAGAAGGAAUCAGUGACCUGGAGCUGGCAAAGAAACUCCAAGAGGAGGAGGACAGACGAGCCUCUCAGUACUAUCAGGAGCAGGAGCAGGCGCAGGUGGCUGUGGCUGCUACCACCACUUCCACACAGAUCCAGCAGAGCCAGCCAGCACAACAAGCUUCUCCAUCAAGUGUAAAACAGCCUGGAAAUAUUGAACGGAAACGCAAGGAACCUCGGGAAAAAGAGAAAGAGAAAGAAAAGGAAAAAAAUAGCUGUGUGAUUUUGUAGGAAAUGCUGGCAUCUGUGGGAACCACCUAUGCAGAUGACGAUGACGGAAAGGAAGACCCAGUACCUACCGUCUGUGCCUGAUCUCCCAAUGGAUUUUGCUCUUGUUUUCCAGGUUACUUUGUUACAAUCAACUUUUUUAAGUUACACAAUAUACUCUUUAUGAGCUGGAGUUUUAUGUUACAAGUUGGAACUGUUGUGUGUUGUCACUUGUAGCCAAAUAAGUAUAUCACUUCUAUUUUGUGUUUAGUGACAUGGCAACUCCAAUCAGUAAGCUACUGUGUUGUCUGACAAUGGAUGGAGGUCACUGAGUGAGUCCGAUCCUUCUCAAGAUGUAAUUAUUAGCACAACUGUUUCUGAAACAUUUAUGUUAAAUUAUGUUCUAAUACAUAAAAAAUGAGGAGUUUAAUAUAGGGAGUGAGAAAAAGCAGGAAUAAAUGACCCUUCAUUGUACAUUGAACUGGUUCAGCCCUUGGACAGCUUUACCUUUCUUUAGUAAUGUACAUUUUAGUUAUUAUCUUGAGAACUGAUAAUGGAGCUUGGAUCCAAUUUAGAUAGAAAAACUAUUUUUUAUUUUCCAAUAGCAAAAAAACAAAAAAAUUACAUGACACUAAUACGUAUAACCUAUCCAAAUCACAUACUGACUUGUAGUGUUGUGAGAUUCUGACGAAUUUUAACACCUUUAGGUAACCUGAAUGGUGUUUGUUUGUUAAGGAUGUAAUAUGUGAGUGAGGAGGAUACCACACUCAUGUUCAGCCUUGUAAAUAUGAUGGCAGAGAAGAGCAGAGUUCACUGUCUACCUUUUUCUAGAAUUGCCUUGAACCUUAAAUCAUGUUUAUUGCUAGAAAAUUAAGCAUAGUUAUUUAAACCAAUAAAAAGCACAUUUCUGAAGGAGAGUUAAUCUCUUGACUCUAGUGAAAAUAAUAAAAUUCUGAGCAUAGCAGGAAUCUGAAGGAAUUUAUGUAAAAGCAAUCAAAUUUUUUAACUUAUGAGAACCAAAUAAACCUAAGACAUCUUCUAUCAUUUAUAGGCUUCUAAAAGAAUAUUUACUCAGCUUUGUGAUGAGGCAGCACAUAUUGUAUUUCUAGAUCAAGUUUGGAAAACUAUCCUUAACAGUCCUUUUUAUAUACUUUGUAUUUAAAGUUUGUUUCAGUCAUUUUUAAAGAUUAUUGCUGGUGCAGAUAGCUGUGUGAUUUGCCCUAAGCCUCAGUAAACUUGUUUAUUCAGGAACAUCACAAAUUGAACGUCCAGUCAGAGAAUAUUUCUUGUGGUCUGGAGGCAAUGAAAGACUACCAAAAACAAAACUAAACAAAAAGAAAACAAAAAAAGUAGUCCAGAGUUUCUUGAGACAAUUGUCAUUAACAUUCUCCAUGAUCCCAACCAGCUGUAGGAUGAAUCUGUAUGUAAAAAGUAGAGUUUUCUUUAUGAAAAGUAUUAUUCUAAGGAAAAAAUUCAGGGCUAUGUGUCCUUCUAUAUUACAUGUCUAUUUAUGUUCUUUGUUAUUUCUUCAGAUUUCCUAUGCUACAUGGGAACCAAUCAGAGAACCUGCCAGUGUAUAAAAUUUGUGUAUAAAAUACUUGGUAAGUCUCUUGAUUCCAACCUAGAGUGAGUGUGAAUUGUCAGAGCUCAGACCCCUUUGGGUGGACUGGCCUCAGCAUAAACACCCAUGAUAGAUAGUACCCUGGUGAUUAAAGGAGAAAGCUCAAACCUCAGGGUUUGCUUUUCCCAGAACAGUCUAUUAUUUUAAUUUAGAAAAUUACCUUGAGUAAUUUUAAAAAAAUUUAUGAGGCAUAUUUUUCCAUAGUUAUAUACAAUAUCUAUUUAUUGCCCUUGAAGAACCUAUAUAUAAAAAUUAUGUUGUUUUUUACUAUCUUAAUUUGUUCCAAAGAUAAUACUGCCAUACUGCAUUCCCUCUAGAAGAAAUAAAGAACAAAACAAAACAAACACAACUCACUCAAAACCAGCAUCGCUGCUAUCAGAUAAGUCGAUGUCAGUGUGCCCUUAUGACAAGCAAUGUGUUGUGUUUGUUAAUCCAGUCUUGUCUUAUGUCAUAUUUGCAAAUUGGGCUUGGCUACAUUCCUGGAAUUGUUUGAUAUGACAACAGUCAUAAUAAGAUAUUUGUUUUGAUUACUGUGUGGGAAAUUAAAUGUUUGACUCUAUUAAAACAAAUUUCUGAGAUGCUUUCCAGUCCUCAAAGGCUGUCAAGGAUCUAAACUGCUGUGUGCUUAUUUCCUAUGCUUUGCUCAAGGUAGCAAGUGAUAGAUAUUAAGGCAUAUCGUUGCUUAUUUGGGUACAUAGGACUUUGAAAAUGGUAUUUUGAGGGAUUUUUCCCCUCACAAUACUUUGUAAUACUUGAAAUUGUUAUAUAUCUUGCUAACAGACAUUAGAAUCUAAACAUUUUGGAGCUUAAUGUUUCUAGGCUAAAUUCCAGGCACAUUUGCUUCAUGUACCAUUCAGCAUGAGAGCUGGCAGAAGGCAGGUGGAGAAGCAGAUAUGAUCCCUGGCUUUUCUCUUGCUUUCAAAGUAUAGUCUUAAGAUUAGUGGUCAGUCUUUAUUAAUGUGUACUUCUUCAUGAGUAACUCCAUUGUAUCAACAGUGCUAUGACUUGUACUAGUUUAUCAAUACCUAGAAGCAUGUGUGUUUGUGUUUCUGAAGCAGGUUUCCAUGACUUCUGUUUGAGUCUCAAAACAAAGGUUCCUAUCAAAUUUAAAAGUUGUCAUUUAAAAAAAUACACACACACACACACACACACACACACACACACACACACACACCAGGUCUAGGAGUGUAACCCAGUGGUAGAGCAUUUUCCUGGAAUGCUCAAGACCCUGGUUCAAUCCGUAGAACAUGCAUAUAUGUGUAUAGACACACUGAGAAGUAUGGUAUAAAGCAGUUUAUUAUGGCAUUGGCUUUAUGCCCAACCAAUGUUCAUCAGCAGAGUAACUUCCUCCAUGUUCUAAGGUAAGGCUAGGAUUUGAGCAAGACAGAGGCUUAAGUUUGGGAUUAGGGUUAUAUCUAUCUUGUUUUUGUUACCUCACUUUUCUUUAGUUUGAUAGUUUUUCUCAUAUUACGUUUUGAAUGCUUCCUCAUGCUCCUUGAUCUUGGCUUACCUAAGCAAGUUAAUAUCAGAUAUAGGUUGACUAAACUCAUGUUGGCCAUUCUGUACUCACACAAAAGCUUCAUAGCAUUUUUUCUGUGAAUCAUAAACUCAGUGCAGACCUUGAGGACCGGAGGGCAGAUGGGAGGAAAAGUUACGACUCAUGAUCAUUGUCUGUGUUAGCAUGUGAACAGAUGGAUGUCUGUAAAAUCCUAGCAAAUCAAGGCAAGAAUUUCUAGAAUUAUCCUUAGUCAUGCUUAAAUUUUUAGUCAUGGUCUUGCUAUGUAGCCAACUGACCUGGAAUCAACUGUUGGAACCCUGGCUACCUUCAAACUCAGAAUCCUCCUGCCUCAGUUUCUCACUGCCAUGAUUACAGGAAUAUGACAUCAUACCCAGCUUGUUUAAACUGUUUUUCAAAAAGUAAACAGCAAACUGGUUGCAUUUUGCUUUGCUUUCUUAUCCAUUGUAUCAGUUAUUUUUUUUAAUGGCAGAAAGCUUACAGAUUUGUGCUUACCACUGUCUUAGGCAUAUAAUUUAAAUUGAAAAAUUAAUGUUUGACAAAAUAAGGCAAAGAUAUUAAAAAUAGUGACUCACAGUUUAAGGAAUUAGACGUGAAAUUCUGAAUCAUUUGAUGUUUGAAACCUCUGUCUGGGCGUGGUAAUAUACACCUGUCACCCCACCUUUGGGGAGGCUGAAGGAGGAGGAUCCUGAUUUCAGGGCCAGUCUGGGCAAGUAGUAAGACCCUAUUCUCCAAAUGCAAACCUGACUUUGUUUUGUUUUGGCAAUCAUUGUGCACGUCCGUUUACUCUAUGUGGAGGGUGCUUCUCUUCCACCACUCCCCAAUGCUUGGUUCUCCUGAGUAAAUGCCACACUUUGAGCACCAAGACUUACUGAGAUCAUCACAGACACUGUACAUCCUCUAUUUUUGAAUGUGCUGACUUUCAUGACUUAAAUCAGUGUUUUUUUUCAUGCUGUUAGAAUUUGUAGAAUUAUUUCGAAUGUGGCAUCAUGGCUUUCAAAAAUAUAUUUUGUGGUUGCUUUUGUAUUCGGUAGACUAGUGUCAAGACUAGGAAUAUUUGGUGUAUAAAAUGCACUUUACAGACCUGUUCUCCAGAUAGCUUUUAGAGAUCUAAGCGUUUAAAGCCCCUUGGCCUUUCCCUCCAGAGGAAAGCAGCAUCAGGAACUGACUGUUCUCUCUGCUGCUGUCAGUGUAGACUAUUUGUUUGUGGUUUAGUGUGAAAAUGGACUCUGAUGGUGUGCAAGUCAGCUUUAGGCAGAGAGAAAUCAUAAAGGAAUGUUUGAAUCUUAAGAGUCUUUGGUUCUCUGAUAAUUUAGCCUCUUUUGUUACUGAUGCCCAACACUUUUUAAAAUGUUAAGGGGAAAAGUUAUGAAGAACUUUACUUUUCUCAGGUAACAGCUGAAAAUAACUUUUAAAAUUAAAAGCUCCCUGAAGGAAAUUAUAGAGAAGAUAAAACAGGAGGGUACCUUGCAGAAUGCUGGAAAAAUUACUUUGAAAAUCUAUCUAAAAUGUAAUUCAUGCAUGUCUUUACUUAAUCCUGGUAUCUCUGCUAUUAGGGAAUAGAGCUUAACAAAUUGAUAUAUGCAUAUAUUUUUUUACAUGUAGGAUUCUAGUUUCUAUCUUCUGAACUCAAGAAAACUAAACUGAAUAAACAGGGUAAAAAAAUCUUCAACUCUUGCCUCAAAUUCAAUGUUCCUUUGUCCUGACAAAGGUCAGUUAGACUUGUCUAGUAAGCUGGUAUCUUUUAGGGCAUGACACCCUCCCAUUAACUAGUUGAAAUACCAUGGCAGAGAUAGGAAACCCAAGCUUUGCCCCCUGGUAAAGUUAAAGAACAAAAGCCCCCUUAUUCCAGAAAGUGCCCAUUUUAGCAUGAAUUAUAAAGACUUUCUCAGCUCACAUAGUAAUUUGUCACUGGUCACCUUUUCAAUGUUCAAUCCUGCACUAUCACAUCUAGAUUAGAGGAUGCACAGUGCAGAGCCCCUUGGUAGGCAGUCCGAGCUCCUUUGGCUCUAGUAGUCAUUUCCCAGCUUUAUGUGGAAAGUCAGGGAGCUGAAAUGCCCAUUAUAAAUCAUGAACCACUGAAGACAUCCUAACAGAAAUGCCCUAGGAAGCAGCUAUAACUCAUGGAAUGAGUUUUAAGAUAAGAGAUUGGUGUUUAAUCUUUGAAAAUGUCUGAUCUGUCAGAAUGUUUGUUGCUGUUCUUUCCCACCCAUUAUUUGUAUGACAUAAUCACUGUGAAAGGAAGCAGUGUCUCUUCACUUCCCAGCUUGGUUUGUUUUUAGUGAAGCUUUGCUCUAGUACUUUUUGUUAAGACUUAUUUUCCUCAGUAAAAUGACAACUUAUUGAAGAUCCAUAUAGGGCCAGAUAAUAGAAUACUGAUGUGUGGCUGCUAAAUAAAUGACAGAAGGGAUAAUUUUCCAGGAAAGUCAUUUCCUAAUGCCAGCACAUGUAACUCUUUUCCCUUGAUAUGGGCUGCAUAAGUAGGCUGAAAUAUGGAUUUGGGAGAGCAACAAGUUAAAAGGAAUGAUGACUGAAACUGUCAUUUUAAACAGUAGUUAAGAGACAGGAUUUCUUCCCCCACUUCAGUGUGAGAUUAAUUUGCUCUGACACACGGAGCUGUGUGCUAGCUGAAAUGGGCCGUGAGAACUGACUGUGAGGACUGGGUGCCUCUACUCACCUCUCCUGUCUGUCCCAGCAUCUUUUUUACUUCUAAUAAUUCAUUCUUCUGCUUUAAAUGCAAGUGAAGAAUAACGACACAGAAGCACUGGGAUAUGUUCUUUGAAAAAAAAAAAAAAGACACCUAACAUGCGCCUACCCAUCACAGGGCUGAACUGAUUUCUAUGAAAUAAUCUUAGUGUUUUAAAUGCUAAUUAUGCUAAAAACACCUCUAAAACUUGUCUUAAAUUUCAAGUUUCACUUUUGGAAACUAUUCCUGAAAAGACAUUGAAUAUAGGUGGGAAAGUUAAAAUGUUUCUGACACAAUGAUUCAGUAUUAUUUAGUGUUUAAUCUCAAGUUCGUUGCUGUACCACAAGUGUAGUGUCAUCGUUGGAUUAAAAUGUUGGAUGUUUUUGUUAAUAUACUUAAAACUGUAACCAGUGAAUAACAUCGUAGCAUUUUUAUUAUAGAUUAUAUUUUAUUUCAAUAAACUUUGAUAUUUAGAUGGAA